CGUGUCGUGCCAUUAAAAAAAAAAAAAAAAAAAAAAAUUAAAUACAUUUAGGCCAAAAUUGAAAUGUCGGUAAAAGUUGUUCACUUACGCAACUUAGAACGUAGGUAUUGUAUACUUGCUUAGUGACGUAGGUUUUCAAGGCAGCCAGAUUGUACAGAGGUUAAGUUAAACCUGGAAUUAAUUUCAUGUUUAUUUUGCAAAAUUCCUUUUGCAACCUGAAAACUAUUAUGGCAACGAAAGAGUUAACAUUUAUUGGUGAAGAUCCUGGUGCGGUUAAACAUGGAAAUUUUAUCAACUAUUAUACAUUUCAUAGCCCUACAGAAAGGAUACAAAACCUGCACCCAUCUAUGUUUCCUUCUGAUAACAACCAAGAACAACAAAUUGUUUGUUUAGAUAUAGGGUGUAAUUCUGGCGAACUCACAAAAGAAAUAAAUGGUUAUAUGAGAACUAUUUAUCCUGAAUACAAAAUUUUAAUUUUAGCAAUUGACAUAGAUCCAAUUUUGAUAGAAAGAGCCCAGAAAUUUAAUGGUGAACCAGAAAUAUGUUAUAAGAGAUUGGAUAUUAUGGAUAAAAGAGACCAUAUUGUAAUCCAAGACUAUUUGAGUUCUCAUGGAAAAAAAACAUUUGAUAUUACCUUUUGUUUUUCUGUAACUAUGUGGAUACAUUUGAAUAAUGGUGAUAAAGGUUUACUGGAAUUUCUGAAAUACCUGAAAAACAAUUCUAGGACACUGAUUAUUGAGCCCCAGCCUUGGAACUGUUAUCGAAAUGCUCAAAGGAGGUUGAAAAAAUCUGGAAGCUUAUUCCCUUUUUAUGAAAAUUUAGAAAUAAGGAGCAACAUUUGCAAUAUUAUAGAAAAAGAAUUGUCAAAAGAGACUCAUAAAAAAGUGCAUGAAUCUUCAGCUUCAAACUGGAAAAGAAAAAUACAGUGUUAUCAAGUACUAUGACCAUUACUUAAAAUAAGCACUUAAAAGUGCAUUAAACCAGUUAAAUAAAUAAUAUAGAAGAUACUUUGAGGCACUGUAUUAAAAAUAUACAAUUUAUUUUGUUAUUCUUCUAAGUAUUUCAAUGUAAACUGUAUAGCAAUUGUCAUUUGUAGACAUGAACAUGAAAAGGCAUCAAUAAAGAAAUAUUGCUAAUUUAUAUUUCACAUAAAAAAAAUUAUGAGGUAAAUAACCUCAUGUUUUGAAGAUAUACUUGGGGUGUACAAAUUUUGUGAUAUAUCUAUACAAAACUACAUAACACUAAUGCUAUACCACAUUUAAGUUAGUAUGCUAAUAAGUGGCAAAUGGUUAAUUCAGACUAGCAGCUCAUAUAAUUUUUGAAAACACUUAUGAUUACGAGCAUGAUAUGUAUAUCACCCUGUCUUUACUAUGCGGAUCUUCUUUUUAUGAUGAAGAAUACAUUCUUCUGCCUCAUGUGACAUUCUGAUGGUACUGCUGACAAAGAAGUAGGAGAAGAGGAUAUAAUACUCUGAUUACUUUGCAUAGAAACAUUAUCCUUAAUUUUCACAUUCAAGAUUCCAUCAUGGAUACUGCAGAAAGAUCUUCUAAAAUAUGAAGAACUGAAAAAAUAAAGAAUCCAAACAUCUAAGAUUGGCCUGAAGUUCACAAUACUUUUUCUCUGGUGAUCAUUAUCAUCAUGUCAGCCGUACGACGCCUAUUGCUGAGCAUAAGCUUCCCCCCCCAAGGAUCUCCACACAGGUCCUGCAUCACUUAAUCCAUCGGCUUCCCGCGACCUUUCCCGAGAUCUUUGGUCCACCUGGUGGGGGGCCUGCCUACUGAGCUUCGUCGCCAUUUAAGAAACUUUCCGCCACAACGGCCAUCGGUUCGUCUCGCUACGUACCCGCCCAUUGCCACUUCAGCAGAGCAAAAGAGGUUACUCUGCAGAUUUUCUCAUUUCCGAUUCGUAUAGCAUAGAGAAAUUCACUCUGCACUGCUUGCUGUAUAGCUAACCCUGAGCGUCUUUAUGAGAUCCGCAGUAAACGACUAGAUUACAGCAAACAUUAAUGUAAAGACGAUUGGUUAUGGAUUCGAGGCCUUUUGUUCCGUUGAUAGCCAUAACAAGUUGCCACAACUAAACACGACAACUGUGAUCUUAAGUGUAAAAGAAUCAUGGUACCAUUUGCUUUCUUCUGCGCUCACAGACAGAGAAGACCAACCCGACACACCAAAUAAGAGCAAAUGGGAAGUUGGACAAAUCAAAUCAAACUCAUUGUCACUAGGGUCAUUUUCGGACUACAAAAAUUGUGAUGAGGGUGUAUGUGUUGCAUAUUUCAAAAUUCAUCACUCAUUAUCAAGGAGAAUCAUUAUAGCGCAAACACAGAAUUUAAUGCAAAGUUGAUAUGUACUCAUAUGCAGCAUAUAUCGAGCCCUACCGCCAAAUUAUCGUAAGCGACACUCGCCAAAUUAUCGUAAGCGACACUUUUGUCGAAAUGCGUUUUUUGUGGAAACUAAUCGAGCCCUUACCGCCAAAUUAUCGUAAGCGACACUCGCCAAAUUAUCGUAAGCGACACUUUUGUCGAAAUGCGUUUUUUGUGGAAACUAAUAUUUUAAACCGUAACGGACCCAUCUCUGUUGAUAUUUCCCUCUAUUCUUCCCUCUAUUAUAUUAUUACGGUGUUCUUUUGGAGGGAAAUAUCAACAGAGAUGGGUCCGUUACGGUUUAAAAUAUUAGUUUCCACAAAAAACGCAUUUCGACAAAAGUGUCGCUUACGAUAAUUUGGCGGUAAGGGCUCGUAAUAUUUUAAACCGUAACGGACCCCUCUCCAUUGAUAUUUCCCUCUAUUCUUCCCUCUAUUAUAUUAUAACGGUGUUCUUUUGGAGGGAAAUAUCAACAGAGAUGGGUCCGUUACGGUUUAAAAUAUUAGUUUCCACAAAAAACACAUUUCGACAAAAGUGUCGCUUACGAUAAUUUGGCGAGUGUCGCUUACGAUAAUUUGGUGGUAAGGGCUCGAUAUAUUGGCUACGUACAAUCCUACUGUACUUAUAAAUAGGACGGCUAUUUUAAUGAGAGUCGCGUUAACAAUAUAUUUUCAAUAUUUUUUUACAUGUUUUUUUAUUGCAUACCUAACUAGAAAAGUAAGUUAAAAACAUAGAUAAUAAAAACUUAAGCUUAUCUGGGUUAAACCAAACGAACAAUGAAGCAUCGAUGACACGUGGCAAGUUUACAAGCUACAAGCCAGCGAGUUCGCUAGUAGCUUGUAAACUCGUCCCAUGGUACAAAAAAAUAUGGUAAAAAAGCCGAUGACACGGGGCGAGUUACAGGCUGCUACCGAACUCGCUGGCUUGUAGUUUGUAACUCGCCCCUCGUCAUCGAGGCUUGAGAGCUUGAGUUACGGCGUGUGGACACGCCGGACGCUCGCGCUGAAGCCCUCUGUUGAGCUACCACAAAACCGACAACUAACGGAUUGAUGGCAGACGCGAAAACAACCCCGUCUACACGUCGGCGGAUGCAUCCGAAGAUGGUAUCUGCAGAUGCAUCGACUUGGUCGUCUGCCUUUACAUUUACGUCUUGAGUAGGUAUCUGCAAUAAAAAAUGGUUAAGAUACUUAAAAACUGCUUUUAUUUAUACCAUGAUAUUAUUUAAGUUUUGAAAAAAAAUCGUACCUGAAUCUGUAGUGUAAUGACGACAUCCUCAUAGGCAUAUAUAGUAUUUAAAUUUUAAAAUUCGUAAUAUUUCAACUUCAAAAUAUUACGAAUUUUUUUUUGUACACGUUUCGGUUUAGACGUGGUGCAUACGGGUAACGUCUCCGGUGUGAGGGUGGGACGGGGCGCAGUGCAUCGUGUGCGGUGACGGCGGCCGGUGAUGCAUUGGCAGGCGUUGACUGAAUACUGCCGACUGCCGACCGAUGCAUUUUGUGCCUCGCGAAGUGUUUCUGUAGAAGCCCCGGGUAACCUACUUGCACAGGCAGCGUUACUUAAUAACUCUACACCGAUGGUGUUAUUUGAGUCCUGUAACUUGCUCGCCACAUCGGCCAGGUUCGCUUUCAGGAAGUUGAUGUCCGUCAGUAGCCUGGUGACAUCGACGUGUUCGAACGUGACGCGGGGCAGCUUGUGCAGCUCCUUCGCCACGAAUGUAGGCACGACUUCCGGAUCGGUCUCCUUCAGUAGGGUGAUGAUAUCCUGAACGCUCGUCAGUUCCAUUCCUCUGUCGUGAUGGCAUCUUGUCGGCCUUACCGACAGACUGAAAAAGCAGCGCCUUGCCACUGCAAAUCUUCCUUGAAAUUGGAUUUGCAAAUCUGCAAAUCUCGGACGAUGGCCUUUGGAUAAACGUCUACAACACGUUAACUAUGAGUUAUUUGGUACUCACAGCUGCCGGCGAACAACGGUCGUCGCCGUGUGCGACGUGAACAUUAAGUUAUCACUGCGCAUCGCACUGCACUGUACCCUUAGUACGAGUUUUACAAUUACGAAAACUAUGAUAGUUCUCGUCAGCUCGCACUCGUACUAAGGGUACUGAUUUUAUUCUUUUCGUUUCAAUACAAAUAAACAAUUAUAUCAUUAAAUCGUUUCCGUCUUCUUAAAUUUUAAGUAUAUUUGGUUAGUUUUCACCAAAAUGGACAUAGAAACAUAAUUUACAAUUACGAAAACUAUGAUAGUUUUCGUGAGCUCAAACUUGUACUAAGGGCACUGAUAAAAUGACAUGGUACAAAUACGCAGCGAAGUGAUUUAUGUAAGAUAAAAGUAUCUAAGAUACAGAUACAAAAUACGUAUUUGUAUCUAUAAUACUUUUUUGAAAUUUAUUGAAGUUAUACUUCUUUAGGCGCGUUAUGAAAAAAUGAUGAGAGUGAAAUUUUAAGAUGCGCGCGCAUCACUGUAACACAAAAUUUUAACAGCAUGAAGUUGGUCGCUUUAGCGACCAACUUCAUGCGUUACUUUUGUGUUUACCGCACAUUAAGAAAAUCUACCAACAAAAUAGAAAUAGAAUCUCUAUUUAGUGGGUGCUAACGACUGCAUUGUGAAGGCCUAUCAAAAGUAUUUAUUAAUCUGGAACAACGGAACCAAAGCGCGAUUCAGGAGACUACAGCGCCAUCUCUUGACCAUUGGUGUAGUAGAACCAAAAAC